UGAAAAAGGCGUUAAAAGGCGUGUAUAUAACGUAAUGGGUUAAAAUGUAAUUGCCUUGGAAAUAUGAGAACACAACUUUACUCACUUGGCAGCAUAUGGGUGUUAAUUGCCAUGUUGUGUACAUAAUUGUUUACAUGCAAACAUUAAAAGGAAUAAACUAUGAAGUUAUUUGCAUGUCUUUCCUACAUUAUUCAAAAUAUUUUCCAGAAUUUUAUUCUUCUAACUUUUGUUGUCUGUGUUAAACAGUUAAGUACCUCGGAAAUAUGAGGCACCACUAUAUUUCUGUAAUUCCAUACAUUCCAUUAUGUUCUUUGUUUACCAAAUUAGAUAUUGAUGAACAGAGUGUGGGUAUAUGUAUAUACUACAUGUAUUUGUUACAAUUUGUUUGCAUUUGUUUGAUUCUUUCGCUCAUCUUUAAUAAUGACAGAAAGCAUUGAUAUUUUUAAAGUUACAUGUGUUUUAUAUAUGUUUAUGGAUAUAAAACUUGCAAUGCAAAAUGUUCCCAGAGGGGGAUAAUUUGGUAAAAAUCCAAUGAUUAAAAAGUGGUGUUAAUGUUAUUGUGAUUUCCCAUUUUACCGUAAUGUUUUAACAGUUUAACUUUUAUUUUACCAGUACAGAAAUGGGUGAGCUGUUUAGACCAUACAUCAUCUACCUCACAUCAGAAAUAGAGGAAGAACUUCGGAAACUCAUAAAGCAAUAUGAGUGGAAAAUUGGUACUUUCAAACGUGUCCAUCAAGAUUUAUGGUAUUUCAUUGAUUUGAUAAUAAAACAGGAAGAACUUGCUUUGGAUACAAUAGAGAAAUGCAAAAAGCACACAGAAGGAAUUCGCAAAGCACAAAAAAGGAAAUGUUCAGACAAAAGUACGAAUACUGAAAAGUCAAAUAAAAUUUUCAGAAAUGAUUCAUAUGAAAUCUCUUAUAGCAUUGAGCUUGAAGAUACAGAUCAUAAUGAAAUAAGAAGGAUGAUAAGCAGUGGCGAUGAAACACCUAAUUAUCACAAUUAUACAUUCAAUCAGCCAGAAGGUAAACCUGUGGAUGCCACAUGUAGUUAUGAUAAAGGAGAAGCAGAACAAAAAUACAGUAAUGAUAAAAAUGUCAUACUUGAAAACUCAAUGGAAAAAUUAGACAGCAGUAAAUCAGUUCAAGAAAAAGCGCUUGUUCAAAUCUCAGGAUUAGAUAAUGUUGAAAUGAAAACAAGUCUUUCAGAUUCAAACCAUGAAACUUACCAAAUAGAAAGUAUCCCUAAUAACUUCUUAAUGAAUAUACAAGAUAAUUGUAAUGGUAGUGUAAAACAAAAUUCUUGUGUAGAUGGUGUCAAUAAAGAUGACAUUCCAAGUGUAGAUACCACAAUAAAAAGCAAAUCUACCAACUAUAACUUUUGGCAAAGAAGAUGUUUGGAUAGAUUUGAGAUGUUUGAAUUAAGAAAUAUAUCUGAGCAGCAAGAUAAAUUAAGAUGUGAUAUCUGUGGUAAACUAUUUGUUAGUGAGCGAAGCUUGAAAUACCACAAAGAAAAGAUUCAUUCAGAUAAAACAUUGAAGCUUGGAGACAAGAAGAUUAAACCACAAAAAGAGCUGGAGGUGACUGCAUGUCAAAUCUGUAGAAAACAAUUUGCUGACAAAUAUUCUUUGAAUACUCAUCAGCUCACCAUGCAUAGUGAGAAUCAUACAGGUUAUCAAUGUGACCUAUGUGGAGCUGUACUCAAACACCUGGGCAACCUUGUUCAACAUAAGAAAUCAUUGCAUGGUGGUGGCCGUACACACUGCUGUAACAUCUGUGGAAGCUCAUUUAAACUGUACCAGCACUUAAAAACACAUAAACGCCGACAUGAUCCAUCCUUUGUGGAGACUUGCACCAUUUGUGGGAAAACUUUGAGAAAAGGACACCUGUCAACACACAUGAAACGUCAUUCAAAUGAAAAGAAGUUUAAAUGUAACACCUGCAGCAAGGCAUUUUAUGAAAAGCAAGACCUUGAAAGGCAUGUUAUUUUACACUCAGGAGAAAAACCACAUAAAUGUCCCUAUUGUGCAUAUGCUUGUGCUUUUAAAGGUAAUUUAACCAAACACCUAAAUAAAAGACAUGCAGGAGUGUUGCAAAUAUCUGAAAGUAAAAAUAUGGUAAGAUUGGCAACAGACUGAAUAAAAACAGUUACUGAGUUAGAGUAUGAGAAAAUAAAUUUGCCACUUGGACAUAUAGUCUUCUUAUUAUUCCCUGCAAAUGAAAUGGAAAUGUUACUGUCCACUUGGAUACUUAUCUUUAAAUUGUUUUGUACUUUUUUUUCUCAAAACUGGACAGAAAUCUACAGAUAUGUUUUUUUAUAAAUAGUUCUUUGUUACUUUAUAAUGCAUUUUUAAAGACAAAUUUUAGUUUUGAAUCCAUAUUUUACAGUUGGUUAGAUUGUAAAUUUGAAUGUUUGGUUAGAUAAUAAUGUUUUACAAAUAGUUGGUUUAAUUGAAAUGAAACUCAGGAUGAAUGUACAUGAUAAUGAGAAAAUGAUGCUUAUUAAAUACUAUCAAAAUCUAAUUUGUGUUAAAAAUUGUGUUAGAUAUUCUUAUUGUUAACUUUUUAUUUUUGUUAAUAAUCAUCCUUAACUCAUAGACCUGGAAGUGUAUUUGCAAAUUGUUCAUCAUUUUAAGCUUUAUUGUUAUAUGAAUUUUGGCCUACUUUCACUUUGACCCACUAAGUGUAAACAAACAUGGCUGACAAAGCUGAAUCACCUUAAUGUCAUACAUUUCAGCUAUACAAUUGCGUUCUGCAGGGUACAAAUAUAUCUGAAUUUAUUACGAAGGUAAUGUUUUGGCAGUUCUUAUGCCACGUGAUCAAAGCUUUUGUUGUU